UCCCUGGCCCCCAAGAGCCUCUAUUUAAAGGAUUAAUUUUAGAGUCUCAGACUCAAACCCACUGAUGCCUCAACUUUCCUAUACCUGAAACUCAAGAGAUCAGCUCAUUCCAAAGAACUUCUUAGGCUCCAAAUAUUCAACAAACCAAAUUCCAAAUGGCCCAACCUCCACAAAAAGCCAACAGCUCCGACUCACAGCAUUCACGGAACACAAACCCCAUCCCAUCUCAGGGAUCACAAAGCCUCUCUCCCUCCUAGGAUCUCUUCCCUCCUGGAGACAGGAUUCUCCUUCCUAGCCCAAGGUAGCCCCACUCUCAAACCUGCUCCAGGGCUGGGGAUUUAGCUCAGUGGUUCUGUCGCCUGCCUCGAAAGAGCAAGGUCCUGAGUUCGAUCCCCAGCACCAAAAGAAAAAACAAAAACAAAACAAACCCCUGCUCCAACCAGGCGUAGGCCAGGCAUUAAUUCUAGUUUGCAGCCAACUUUCAUGGGAGGUGAAAGCAGGGAUGAAGACCAGGGAGGGGAUGAUGGUGUGUGUAUGUGUGUGUGGCUUGGGGGGGAGUCUUGGUAGUAGAACGAAAGAUUCCGCUAGAAUUUUGGGCCCAACAGUUGCUAAAUGCACUGUAAUUAUCGCAUUUGUGUGAAAAUUCAAAGAUCUGCAUUCUGCUAUUUUCAUCAGACUGGUGAACUGCAGGCACUGAGGAAAAUGGCAAGAAGUUGGGGUUCCAAGUCUUGUGCUUAGGAAUCAAAGUCCUGGCCAGAAACCCAAGAAAUGAACCAAAUCCCCGAUCACACUGCUUCGAGCCCGCAGCCCAUUUCUUCCCCUCUCUAGGCUCCUAGUGCAGACCCAGCCCCCAGUCUACCCAUUAAUGCCAUGUUGGCACCAGAGCCAUUCUGUUCUAUCUGACGGAAAUGUUUCUACAGGAUCCUUUUCCUCCUGGGAAACCUGCUUUGUCUCUCUCUGUAAAGGAACCCCAAACCAGGCACCUUAAAAACAGAGCCAAAUAGUUUAGGGUAAAAGGAGGAAGGAGCAGGUUCUGAAAUGGACUCCAGCCCGCUGAGGGGGGGCGAGGGGAGGUAGGUUCAGGGUCUUGAGGCCUCAGCCACGCCGGGGUGCCCAGCCCCAGGCACCAGAGUAAAGCCCUGCACCCCCAUAUCGCCCCAUGACCUCCCCAGUCCAGUGACUGGUCACAGAGCUCAAUGACAGAUCCUGCGACCGGAAAUGCCCUCCUGCCGGGCGGGCCCAGACCGCGCCCCCCUUUCCCGCCGCCCCCUCUCGCAGGGCCUGGCUGAAGGCCCUGGAUCCCCGGGCUUGCGUGGCCACCGCAGCCGGCGAGGGCGACCCAUGGCGCGGACGCGCUACCCGGUUCUCGCCGCGGCCCCUUCAACUCCAAGCGCUGCGGAGCCCAGACAAACACAAAAGGGAAGGGAGAGGCUGCCAUCCUUCAACCUCCUGCUAGGAGCCAGCAAGGCAUUCUCGUACCCGCAAAGCUCCAGUCCCGAGCAAAGACCCCCUCCAACCCCCACACAGAAGAAAACCCCAAUACAUCCCCAAGGGUUGCAGAGGCAGCGCCAUCUCCCCAGCGGCAGGUGCCCCAGGACGCACCAUAACUUUGAAACUUUGGAUGGACGGCGCGGGGCUCCGGCCUGGAUCCGGGCGUCCCGCGCCUCCUUCCCGACCCCGGGCGCCCUGAACCUCGAACCCCGCCGCCGGCAGCGGAUGCAGGGCCCCGGGCUCCCCGAGCACUCACCUCGGCUGGGCUGCGCUCCCCGCGGGCCUGCGCCGAGCCCGAUAAGUGCUGGGUCCUCGUGGCUCCCGAGCGCCCCGCGUUCAUCUCAGCCCCGGCCCGCGGCGCCCUCGCUCGCGGCUGCUCCCGCAGGAGGCCCCGUCUCCCUGCUGCUCUGCUUCUCGAUCCUGAUUGCUCCUUGUGCCGUUUUCUUCGUGGAUGACGAUCCGAGGGUCCAGAGGAAGCAGGAGCUCAUUUGCCUGGCGUUUAGUGGAUGA